CGGGCACGGCGCGCGCCCGGCGCCGGGAGCGGCAGCAGCGGGAGCGGCCGCGGGCAGUGUUUACCAGCCAUGACUCUGAAUGUCCCAGGCCGAAGCUGAUAAAGCAUCUAUGCACUUUAAUCUCAAGUCGAUGCCACUCUGCUAGUACAGUGUGAGCUGUGCCUUGCUCCUUGGAUAUAAACAUCUACCAGCCAAAGUCUUGCUCCUGCCUUAGUAAUGUUCCAGAGGUUAAAUAACAUGUUCAUGGCAGACAUCGACAGCCUGUCCAGCCAAGAGCCAGAGUUCAGUGAGAAGGAAGACGAUGAGUGGAUUCUGGUCGAUUUCAUAGCAGACACUUGCACCAACUGCUCUGCGGAGGAAGCGGACCUUGCUGAAGCACCGGCCACCGACAGCUCGCCCGUCUUCUCUUGCUUACCGUCCCCCUUGGAGCACUUACCAGAGGCCAGCGAGUCCUGCUUCAUCCAGUUCGAGUCGUGCCCCAUGGAGGAGAGCUGGUUCAUCACCCCUCCGCCGUGCUUCACCGCCGGCGGGCUCACCGCCAUCAAGGUGGAGACCAGCCCUAUGGAGAACCUCCUCAUCGAGCACCCCAGCAUGUCCGUCUACGCUGUCCAUAAUGCCUGCCACAGCCUCAACGAGCCUGGCUGCGGGGACGAGGAGUUCCGCAGCCCGGGUAGUCCCAGACUGGAGGCCCAAAAUGAAACGGGACAGCGUGUUCACUGCUACGUCACGGCUCUUGCUACUCGCUCAAGUUUUCUGGAAAAAUCGAAGAGCUUUCGUCCUACCCACUGGAUAAAAGAGCACAGCGAAAGACACUAUCUCAACAGAAAUGGUCUCCGCCGCCAAAACCUUACCAGGGAUUGCCACUCUCGGCAACUCAGGCACAACGGACUGUUUGUUCACCAGCCUUGCCAGCGUCAGUUCAAUUACUGACGGCUCUCGGGGUUUUAAUCUAUGUUCUAAUUGGUUCUUAGGUUGCUCCUGUUCUCAUGCGUAGGUAAGUGUGGUCAAUCCGAAGCUGAUUAUCGUUCCCUCAGACACAAUCAUAGCUAGAGCUGCGUUUGUUUCAAACGACGCCUCUCCAAACAUCUUGCUGCAAGUCCUUAAAUGAUGUUUAAUAUCAGUGUCUUGGAAGCCUUUCAGUACAACAGUUUGUGCUGUUAUACAAACUGAUGGGUUCUUAGGGGGUCUCUGAGCACCACCUAAGUUAAGGAGACUUAACUGAGAUGGAAAAUCAGUUACAUCUUUGCGUUCCUCAAAGCGGAGUUAGAAAAUCUGAGGUUAGCCAUAUGCUUUAAUGACAAGUACUUGACAGCUUGUGUAUCUGUCUGUACUCAGCAUCUGUGAUUGUUCUAACAAGGAAAUACCGUAGCUGCCAGUGGAUUUUACAUAGCUAUGCUGAACUGUUAGAAGAAGGACAUCUCAUAAAUUGCCCAGUACCUAUCUGUGUUUGAGUAGAGUCUAGAGUUGUUGGGUACAUAAUAUGGGUGUCAGAAGUGGGUUAAAUGCCCCCUCAAUAUUCCUGCAGUAUGAUGUGGCACUGGUGUUGCAGAUGUAGUACCUCACAGUGGAGUGAAAGGAGAAGUGGACCUGUGGGUUAAGUGCAGAUGCGUAACCCAGAGAGCUGAACUGUUUUACCUGGUACAGUUUGAGUUCUCUUCUUCCCUUUCUCUAACUCUUCCUGUCUUCUAAGACAGACAUUUUCCAAAACCUAACCUAUUCCAUUUAAUCUGUCUAGUUACAGAAAAAGAUGAUGGAACAACUGUUCCUCUAAUCCUGUUGGUAGAUGACUGCUUUUCAAAGAAGUCAGGCUGAUGCUCAGCUAUUUCUGAGCUGCUGUUUGCUGUUAGAUUUUUUUUUUCUUGUUUACGGGUUGAGAGUUGCUGAAAUAGCUGAAAGUUGUUUUUUACCAGAAGUUUUCCUAACUAACCUUCUCUAGUCCCCCUCUCCAAUGAAGUGAGUUUGACUGGAAAUGAAGGGCAGUGUGGCAGGGAUAAAAGUGUGCUGAAAGUCUUAAAGAACUAAUCACAAAGUUAAGUGUAUAAAUUGAGACACAUCAGCAGUGCUUUCUCUUCCCUUCAGCUGGGCAGAGAAGAACUGGACAUCAAUUCUGUAGGCCAACAGGGAAGAAAAGCCAUUCAAAACUAAUACUUGAGAAUUCUGGAAGGAGGCAGGCACUUAAAGUUUACCCGUUAGGAGUGGAUAUGGCACAGUAGCCACAUGGCACACUGAACCCUGGUAGAUUUAUCUAGGAAGUAGGUUAAAUGGCUUUGGAGAUGAAGAAGCAGAAAUCUUCACAGAAAGAAGGGGGAAAUAUGUUACAUUUACCUCCUUUCUGUCAGUGCUUAACUGUUUUUCCCUGUGUUUAGUGCCUAGGGCAUUAAAGUGUUAAUGUUGUGGUCAUGUCUUCCAGUAGUCCUUAUACAGCAGUUAGUAUAAGGAGUCAUGUGGGGGGGCUCUGGAAAUGGGGCAAGGUCAAUAAUGUGAAUUAUUCCUGGCCUGCAUUGUUUUAUUUUCAAUCCAGCCAAACGCUGUAGUUUUGCGAAAGCCCAACAACCUGAGUUAGCCUCGAUGUAGUGUUGGUGUUGCAUGGAGUGCAACUGGAAUUGCUGUGGAACAUACCUUGGGUAUGGAGAACAGCACUUAAAAUAAUGUUUCAUGGCAGUUUUGCUGCUUCCCUGAGUUUAGUUAUGGUUGUUGCAAAGGGAUGUUGACAAAUAGCUAAAUGUAUAAGAGCAAGUGGUGCUUUCCUGGAUACGCUAGUUUUUUAGGUAUGUGGAGUUCAUAUGGACUGUGAAAGAACAAAACUGGUCACAUCGUGAGCCUCAAAUCAGGGUUUUGUUACUAUUCACAGCAGUAUGUACUGAUGUCAAUACAAAAAAUCUUUCGUGGUCCAAAUAUUCUGGUUUACCUGCAAGUAGCUGUAGUUUCACCAGUCUCACAUCUGCACACUGGCAUAAAUACUUCUACUUGUCUCGGGUUAUCUACCUUUAUCAUCACUCCAACUCUUUCUCCAAAUUAAACUUCCUUCUCCCUGACAGCUUUCUAGCUCAGGAAAAUUCUGUGCUUUCCUGUGUUGUUUUUCUUGAUACGUAAGUAACUUUCCUUCAGCUUUAAUUUUCCUAAAGUUAAAUGAAGGAAGAUGGCGUCUCCGCCUCCCUGUGUUGGAAGGAGUAAGUAAUCCUUUGAAUCUCAGUGGGGAGAUGGAGCUGAGAGUAUAAAGGCUCCCAGGCAUUAAAAUGAGAGCCUUGGUUUGUUCUUAGCAGGCAAGUAAAUGCAACUGUAGACUGCUCCUAGAGUUGGGAGAAACUGAUCUUUUUUAUACUACAUUACUAGAUAACUUUCUGGUGAUGAACGCCUAUAUCUUUCAGGAUAUAAACUGUUUUGUUGCACAAAGCUGUGCUUUUCGAUUUGUAAUAUUGGAAACCAUAUUAUUGUGUGAGAUAGUACUGCAUCAAUUGCUUUUUGUUAAUUUGUUUUAAAUAUUUAUGUUGGUCUAGCCCCAUUUUACGCCUGGAGCUAUUGGGCAAUUAGAUUUGUUUUGGUUUUCUGUUUUAAUAGUGAGCUGUGUGGCUUUUUAUAUGGUUUUUGAACUGUAUUAAAACGUGUGUUUUUUCUUGUAAAAGUGGAGGCCUUGCACUGUCUCAUACUAUAUUCAUGAAUCUUUCAGAAAUGGUAUUUUCAUAUGUAUUGGUCAAUGGACAGAUUUGCAUUUUAAACUGUGCCUUCUCGGUGUAACUUUACACAGCAAACUUGAAGAUUCAAAAGGGACAUUUCAGUUAGGAUUAAUACUGUACAUCAGUCUAUGCAUCUAUGGCAGCUUCUUUCUAGAGCCACUUCUCUAUUUGUAGCAGACCUUUUGAUACGGAAGAAUGUCUGGCUCUUACUUUUAAUAGUUUAACACAAGCUGAAAUCCGACAAAAUACAGCACUUUGCCAAAAAAGUAGCAUUGCUUAACCGGUGUGCAUUUACUAAAGCGAUCUUCGGUAUUUUGUUUGCGUAGUGCGGUACGCGCACUGUGGGAGACAUGAUCUGAACUCAAUAAAAAAAAUGGCCUAUCAAAAA